UGUUUUUCAGGGAAGCAGGAGCUCAGCAGCAUGUCGGGGAAGCCCAGGCUGACCUACUUCAAUGGAAGGGGAAGAAUGGAGCCAGUACGAUGGCUGUUGGCAGCAGCCGGCGUGGAGUUUGAAGAAGUUUUUCUGGAAACAAAAGAGCAGUAUCAAAAGCUAAUCAAAGAUGGAGUCCUGCUGUUCCAGCAAGUGCCCCUGGUGGAGAUGGAUGGGAUGAAGAUGGUGCAGACCAGAGCCAUCCUCAGCUACAUAGCAGGGAAAUACAACCUCUAUGGGAAAGACUUGAAGGAGAGAGCCCUGAUUGACAUGUAUGUGGAAGGAAUAACAGAUCUGAUGCAAAUGAUUUUGAUGUUUCCUUUCUCCUCGCCUGAGACAAAGGAGAAAACUCUUGACUCAAUUAAGGAGAGAGCAACUAACAGGUACUUCCCGGUCUUUGAAAAGGUUUUGAAACAGCAUGGCCAAGACUUUCUCGUGGGCAACAAGUUCAGCUGGGCAGAUGUUCAGCUAAUUGAAGCCAUUUUAGCAGUGGAGGAGAAAAUACCUGCCGUGUUGUCAGGAUUUCCUCAGCUGCAGGCUUUUAAAAUAAGAAUGAGUAAUAUGCCAACAAUUAAGAAGUUUCUGCAGCCUGGCAGCCCAAGGAAACCCCCACCAGAUGAACGUUAUGUAGAAACUGUGUUGAAGGUUUUUAAGUAA